CCCUAAUUACCAUUUAGGCCCCGUAUCAACGCUAAAAGGAACAAAAUGUUGAGUAAAGAGAUCACAAAAAAGAGUAGGUGUGGCUUGGCUAACCACGAGGGAUCACAUAUUUCAAAGUUUUCUAAAGACUUCAGCUUGGGAAAAUUGUAAACUGUAUCAGAGAGACCAAGUGAAAGCAAGUGGUAAAGCAGGCAAAUAUUCUUUAGACAUGAGUAGACGUGAACUCAUCUAUACAACCCCAGAUUUUUAGAGGAAAUCAUAUGCAGAAAGAAAAACAGCGAGAGGCAAAAGCUUUGAUAAGAUGUUGGGAAUUAUUGAGGUUUUUAUAGCUCUGGUAGCAUCUCUCCUGAUUUUGCAGUUCCUAAAGUUGCAAUGGAUACGUAGCCAGCUUCCUCCGGGACCAAUUCCCCUCCCUAUCAUUGGAAACUUGUGGCUGCUGGACUUCGAACUUCGUCGAGAAACUCUCGCUAAGUUAACUAACAUCUAUGGAAAUAUCUACACGGUGUGGCUAGGACAGUCACCUGUGGUUAUACUAAACGGAUACAAAGCGGUGAAAGAUGGCAUAGUCACCCAUUCGGAAGAGCUUUCUGGACGACCUCUCACCCCUUUCUACACGGAUAUGAUGGGCGAAAAAGGUAUUUUUCUGACAAGUGGCCACACCUGGAAGCAACAAAGACGCUUUGGCAUGACAAUUAUAAGAAGCCUGGGACUUGGUAAGAACAACUUGGAACAUCAAAUACAAAUGGAGGCCUGUCACCUUGUGGACAUCUUUGCAAACACAAAAGGCAAACCUUUCAACCCCCAUACUUUCAUUGUCCAUGCCAUUGCAAACGUAAUCUGUGCUGUUGUUUUUGGUCAUCGCUUCUCCAGUGAGGACGAAUCUUUCAGCAAGCUUAUCAAAGCUGUUCAUUUUGUGAUCUACUUUCAAGCUACUAUCUGGGGAAGGAUGUAUGAUGCUUUUCCAUGGCUUAUGCAUCAUUUCCCAGGACCUCAUCAGGAAGUGUUUGCGUACAAUCUUUUCAUGCACAAUUUAGUUAUGAAUGAGGUCCAGAUUCAUGAGAGAGAGAAUGCAGGUGAUCCACAGGAUCUCAUUGACUUCUACCUAGCUCAAAUAGCAAAAACCAAAGAUGACCCUACCUCUACAUUUAAUACAGACAAUAUGGUUCAGACUGUGGUUGAUCUUUUGCUGGGAGGGACAGAAACAACAAGUACCACCCUUCUCUGGGCACUGCUCUAUAUGGUAAAAUACCCAGAAAUACAAGAAAGGGUUCAAAGAGAGAUAGAAGCUGUUCUGGAACCCUCCCAACUAAUCAGCUACGAAGACCGUAAAAAACUGCCAUACACAAACGCUGUAAUUCAUGAAACUUUGCGGUACAGCAACAUUACUUCUGUUGGGGUCCCUCGACAAUGUGUGAGAAAUACAACUUUGCUGGGCUUUCACAUUAAAAAGGGCACACUUGUACUACCGAAUUUGCACUCUGUUGUGUAUGACUCUGAGCACUGGGAGACCCCUUGGAAGUUCAAUCCAGAUCAUUUCCUUGAUUUAGAUGGCAACUUUGUAAACAAAGAAGCAUUCUUACCUUUCUCAGCAGGACAGCGUGUAUGUUUGGGGGAACAGAUGGCACGAGUUGAACUGUUCAUCAUCUUUACCAGUCUGCUUCGGGCAUUCACAUUCCAGAUCCCUGAGGGAGUAAAAGAAAUCAAUUUGGAGUAUAUUUUGGGUGCAAUACUGCAGCCACAUCCAUAUAAACUCUGUGCGAUUCCACGCUAGUUUGCAACAUACUACAAAGCAGAGGCACUUCUGCCAGUCAAUAAUCAUAAAUAUUUAAAAAACAUCUAUCUCUAUCUCAUUUGAAUUCACAUUUAGGUAGCUCAGUAUAACAAAUUAAUAUGGAAGUGUUUUUAUUUAGGUCUGACCCUGUACAUCCGAGCUUUUUGAAAUUAAAAUAAAUGUACUUGCCAAAGCUCAUAUAAUCAUGUCUUAAGUACACAAUAGUAUGUUAGGAAAAAAAAAUAAAGCAUUUACGUACUCACAGUAGCAACAAGUUAGAUGUAGUAUUUUAGAGAUGUGAUCUGCAUCAAGCAGAGCUUUCUGCAUGUGUGCUCAAUCAGAUACCAGACUAUCUUAAAAUAGCAGAACUGUUCUGAUGCAGCAAGGAUGCACAAAUUAAAAUUUUAUUUCCACAUGCUGUUAUUCACUUCUCUGUGUUCAUAAAAGUUAUUUUCUUCACAGUUCUUUUCUUGUAUCUUUUUGCAGAAGUUACCAGUGUACAUACACUCAGUUUUGACUUCUUUUCCU